AUGAAGGAAAAUCCCUUGGAGGUUGUCACAGAUGCAAAUCGGCUGAGGAAAGGAAUUGGUGCAUUUUCUGAAGUAGUACUGGCUGAAAACAGGAGUACUGGAAAACUUUUUGCAGUUAAGUGCAUCCCAAAGAAAGCCCUGAAAGGGAAGGAAAGCAGCAUAGAAAACGAAAUUGCCGUUCUCCGAAAGAUCAAGCAUGAAAAUAUCGUGGCGCUGGAAGACAUUUAUGAGAGUUCAAGCCACUUGUAUUUGGUUAUGCAAUUAGUGUCUGGAGGUGAACUAUUUGACCGCAUUGUGGAGAAAGGAUUCUAUACUGAAAAGGACGCAAGCACUCUGAUACGGCAGGUCUUGGAUGCUGUUUUCUAUCUCCACAGAAUGGGCAUUGUUCACAGAGAUCUCAAGCCUGAAAACCUGUUAUACUACAGCCAGGAUGAAGAAUCUAAAAUCAUGAUAAGUGAUUUUGGAUUGUCAAAAAUGGAGGGCAAAGGUGAUGUCAUGUCCACAGCCUGUGGCACCCCAGGAUAUGUUG